GCGGUACUUGCCGAUAAAUUUCCUUUAUGAACUAUGUACUGAUUAUGCCCUUGUGGUUGGGAUUGUGCAGCUUCCGGCCUCUCAAGUACUGCAUCCAUGGGUAGUUCCGGGAUUCCGGGCAGGAAACCCACAUCUUCAUUCUUGCCACAUCCGGGUCAGCAGCUAUGUGCUGCAUAUUCGACUUGCGAGUCACGCGAGGCCUACCACCAACGUACCACCGACAUCACCAUCAUCGAGACCGGCGAGGCGGUCGACGUGACCACGUACAUCAUGAUGGCGCCGACCACCUACGGCCAGGGCACCGGGCCGUUCAACCGCUACUCCAUCCAGCUUCCAGCCAUGAUGCCGACGCCAUCGGUUCUGGGCGUUGCGGGCUUGCGUGUGAACUUGCUGCAGAAGAUCUGCACAGAGGUUGAGAUCCUGUCCGGACGGAGGGGAAUCUACUUCUGCGAGACGGGCGAGCAUACGCACCGGGAGUUCUCGGAGCGAUUGGCGAAAGCAGCUCACGUGCUGGGGAUGUUGCCAACGGCUGAGGUCAAGGAGAUUACCUUAGCGCAGGCGGGGGAGAGAUUGGCUCCGGACAGUGUCUCGCGGGCGGAGCUGUCUUUUGCUGCGAAUGCCCGAAUCAAGGCAGUGCUGGGUCGUAAACUGGGUUGGACUCCGUUGCAUGGCGAGGAGUGGGAGACUACCUUGAAAUCUGAAGAUUGGCAAGCUUGCGAGAACAAUCGCACCCAAUCGCCGUAUCUGUCCAAAUGUCAAGCAGGUUCCAGAUAUCCGAAUGUGGUUUUUCCCCACACGACUGGCCAAGGUAUGCCCUUCGGCCCGCCUCUUGAUCUCGGAUUCUCUGGGAUCCCCAUGCGCUGCAUACCCUCCGGAGAUUCGUUUGCGAGGGGAUUGCAUUCAGAGAAUAAACUUCAGUCCAAUGCCGCCCAGGCACUGUGGCUAUCAUCCAUGGGUGCAGACAACCCUCUUUGGCCCACUAUCGGAAUCUGACCUCGCAUUUCUGAUUAGAUCUCACCUCUCAGAGCUCAACACUAAUGAAGGAAAGGAGGAACAAUGAGAAUACAAAGU